ACCACAACCCUUGAAGAACAUGGAAGCAUCUGAAGAGACCAUAAGAAUGACUCCCGUUCCUCAGAGCAAAACAUGUCUACAGAAUCAGGACACACACAUAUAUCAAGAGAAAAAAACAUCUGCACAAACAGGUAAUGGUGCAGCACUGGUGCUAUGUUCUGUGUCUGUGGCCUGCUUGAGUGGGUUGAUGAUGGGCUAUGAGAUGAGUCUGAUAUCAGGAGCAUUGCUUCAACUCAGGGAAAUUUUGAUUCUCUCCUGCCCGCAGCAAGAGCAAGUCGUUGGGUCUCUUCUGUUUGGAGCCUUCCUUCUCUCCCUGGGUGGCGGCACCAUCCUGGACCGCUACGGACGGCGGUUCUCCAUCAUCCUCACGGCGCUGCUGUGUGUGUUGGGCACACUUCUUAGCGUGUGUGUGGUGUCAUUUUGGGUGCUAGUAGUUGGGCGGAUACUUGUCGGCAUGGCGGUAGCGCUAUCUGGCACAGCAUCAUGCCUUUAUGCGGCAGAAGUAGCACCGGCCACCUGGCGCGGGAGGUGCGUGUGUGUGUACGAGUUGAUGGUAGUUUUAGGGAUGCUCUUGGGUUUUGGAAUGAGCUGGGCAUUCGCAGGGGUCCCGGAUGGAUGGAGGUUUACGUUCGGUGGCGUGCUGCUCCCCGCUUUGCUGCAAGCUGGCAUAAUGCCGCUUUUGCCACAGAGUCCACGCUUUUUGCUGGCCCAGCAGCGCGACAAAGAGGCUCAUGCAACUCUCCUUCGUCUCCGUGCAGGAAUCAGAGGAGUAGACGCGGUAGAGGACGAAAUUCAGGCGAUACGCAUGACAUUGGGUGCGGAGCACCUGCACGGCUUCCUGGACCUCUUUUGUUCCCGUGACAAUAUGCUUCAGAGAUUGCUUGUUGGUGCUGCACUGGUUUUCUUGCAGCAGGCUACGGGACAGCCCAACAUUUUAGCGUAUGCAUCGACUGUUCUCAGCGGCGUGGGCUUCCAUGGGAACGAGGCGGCGACUCUUGCAUCCACAGGGUUUGGAGUGGUUAAAGUGGCAGGGACCAUUCCUGCAGUCUUUCUAGUGGACAAAGUGGGACCUAAAGUCCUACUAUGUGUUGGAGCUGUUGUCAUGAUGUUGUCAACAGCAACACUGGGGGCCAUUACUUUGCAAAGUCACACACAUGUUUCAAGCCUAUGCAGAGGCCCCGUUAAUAAAGCAAACCUAACAGUAUUUGGGACGGGAGAAGAGACUGAUUUCCAGACAAACAGUCCACUGGGUUUAUACCAGCCUUCUUACAGUGAACUUCAAAACAAGCACAAAACAAAUGUUUUCCUCUUUAAUGACACUAAGGACCAUUGGAUUUUAAACUAUACUAAUGAUUAUAGGACAACAUUUAUGGAACUGGCUAAGGGUUCUGAGAAAGACAGCUCCAAAAUUGCACUUCGGUCUCUUCAUGUUAAUGAGGUGUCGCCCUCUCUGAAAUGGAUCUCUCUGGUCAGCUUGCUGGUUUAUGUAGCAGGAUUUUCCAUCAGCUUGGGACCAAUGGUUCAUGUGGUUUUGAGUGCAAUCUUCCCAACUGGCAUCCGUGGAAAGGCUGUGUCCGUCAUCUCUGCCUUUAACUGGGCCACAAAUCUGCUCAUAUCGAUGACCUUCCUUACUCUGACAGAGAGGAUCGGCCUGCCCACCGUGAUCUUCUCCUAUGCUGCUAUGAGCUUCGUGUUGGUGGUGUUUGUGAUUGUAUUUGUGCCAGAAACUAAAGGCCGAUCGCUGGAACAGAUCUCUAAGGAGCUUGCCAUGAAAAAUCACCUGAGCAGCAGACUGCUGACUCAUAGAAGAAAACAUGAAGCCACAGCACAACCCUCACAGGAGGAAAAAGCCCUCACAACUGUUUGACUCUUUACCUAGAUGAAGAGGGGAGGUUCACAAGGGUAUUUGCUAACAACAGGACAGCCAAGCUUGUUACUACACAUUUCAAAGUAUUGAAGAGAUAUAACUGAUUGAUGUUGUCAUUGUGAUAAUUUAGCUUAAUAAACCUUCCCAUGGCAUGAUGGGUCAGUUGAGAAGA